AUGAUGAGAAAUAAAAUAAAGAAUUAUUUGGAAAAUGAGCAGGAAAACAGGGAUAUUACCCCUAAGUCCAAACGGAUAAAGACCCAACAUGCCUACGACAUAGUAGAACUUAAAAGAAACAUAAAUUUACAAAAAUUAGACCUUGAGUUGCCUGUGUACUGUUCUACUAACCAUUCCACAAAUAAUAUUUAUUGUUGUUUACAGUGUGGGAACUUUUUUCAAGGCCGUAAUCAGUACUCGCCUGCAUUUCAACAUUCAAUCACCUCAAGAACAAAUACUACACCACACAAUUUGUUUGUCAAUCUUCAAACAACAGAGUUUUUUUGGUUACCUCAAAAUAUCAAAGUUAAUUUAGAUGAAAUUGAUAAUGAUAGUUUAAAAGCUUUACUUAUACAAUUGAAAUGUUGUAUAAAACCAACUUUUAAUAAUGGUCUGAUAAAAAAAAUGCCUUACAACUGUUAUACUUUAAUCGAUAAAGAUAAAUAUAUUACGGGAUUCAUAGGUAUAAAUCAAUCACAUUCUUCUAAUUUGUCUAUAGGACAUAUUAAUGUCAUUCUUUUAUUAUUAGCACAUAUAAAGCCCAUUAGAGAUUAUUUUUUAUUGAACACAAAGAUGGAGAACGAGAUAUCAAAUAAUAGAUUAAUAAAUAUUGUCUCUCUUUUAAUACAAAAAUUAUGGUCACCAGUUUUACUAAGGCCACAUAUUUCAUCGUCUAAAUUAAUUAAUAAUUUGAUGAUUGAACAUAAUUCCAUAUUUCUUAAAGACGGGAUAAAUAAUAAUAAUCCAAGGACAAUUCUAAAUUGGCUAAUUAACAAAUUUUCUAACAAUGAAAAUAAUAGUCCCUUAAAACAAAUUUUAAUACAAUCAUGUAGAGGCCAUCUGAUACAGUUUUUAAAGACAGAAGAAGUGAAAUCAAUACCUUUUUGGAAUAUUACUUUAAAUCUACCACGUCUUUCCUACUUUAAAGAUGGUAGAAAUGUUAAUGAUCUUCUUCAAGUUAAAUUAGAAGAUUUAAUUAAAGAGAAAUUUUAUUCAAGAAUGACUGAAAAUGAAAAGAAAGAAGAGAAUGAUAAUUCUAAUAAAUUGUUGCCUGACUACGAAAUCAAAGUUUUGCCUAAGUAUCUGAUUAUUUAUUUUAACAGAUAUGAUUCUAUUUUAAAUGGGAGUAAUAUUAAACAGGAACAAUUUCCGAUAAGGAAUAGAAAUCAAACAAUAAUUGAGUUUCCAAUGAAGAUGUGUUUAACUUCAAAGAAUAUUAUAAAUAAUCAAGAUCAAAUAUUGAAACACUACUAUAGAUUACAAAGUAAUAUCAUAAAUGAAGUAAAGGCUAAUGCAGAUCUAUCCAAAGAUGAUAUAAAUCAUUGGAAGAUCCAAAUAUAUAAUGAAAAGAAUGCUCAGUGGUAUGAAAUCUGUGAUCUUAAAACCACUUUGAUUGAAGCAGAGUUAAUGUUUUUAAAAGAAACUUAUCUCCAAGUGUGGGAAAGAAUAGAAUAA